ACUCAGAAACUUCCCUCUUCCUCAGUACUUUGCACAUUGAAGCCACAACUGAAGCUCCUCCCUUUCAGCACAUCUGGACGAACAUUGAAGAAGAGAACAUAACUUCUUUUUGAUUUGACUUCCACUACUAACACAGUAAAAUACACAUAAUCUAGAUUUGUUCUUCAACUAAAAGAGCAGUAACUGCAUACUGCUUUAAACGACUGGUUUCCUGAACACACCCUCUUGCACUGGCGCUGCAUCCAACUUCUUUUCAUCCUACGGCUCAGACCAACAUCUACCAACUUUAGUUUGCUUUCAUUUACAAGGAUGCCUUUGGGAGGAGGAAAUAAAUGUGGCCGCUGUUCGAAGACAGUUUACUUUGCUGAGGAAGUCCUGUGUGACAAACGGAGCUUCCACAAGUCCUGCUUCCUGUGCAUGGUGUGUGGGAAGAACUUGGACAGCACAACUGUUGCGGUCCAUAUGGAUGAAGUCUACUGCAAAGCAUGCUAUGGCAAGAAGUAUGGGCCAAAAGGCUAUGGCUAUGGCCAGGGUGCCGGGACCCUUAGCAUGGACAAAGGAGAAUCAUUGGGUAUUACACAUGAAAUACCCAGCCCUCAUUGCCCGACCACAAAUGCAAACCCCUCUAAGAUGGCUAAGAAGUUCGGAGGGUCAGACAAGUGCCCCCGCUGUGGCAAGGCUGUUUAUGCUGCUGAGAAAGUGAUCGGAGCAGGGAGUUCGUGGCAUAAGAUUGGGUGUUUCACCUGUGCCACAUGUGGGAAAAGCCUGGAGUCAACCACACUAGCUGACAAGGAUGGAGAAAUCUACUGUAAAGGCUGCUACGGCAAAAACUUUGGUCCCAAGGGAUUUGGGUAUGGACUUGGAGCCGGGGCGCUGGCCCACACCCAGUGAGAUCCGAGUCACAUCUCCAUUAUACCAAGCUGCUUUCCAUGCCAGCACAGAGCAGGUUGCAUGGAGGAUGCAACCUUCAUGUGAUACUGCAUUACAAAAAUCACCACACAAACACAAAGAAUGUGAACGCUAUUUAAUCCUAAGCCUUGUUUUUAGUGUCCAGCCUGUAAUACAAAUGUAUGUUGAUGACAACUUUUUGGCCCUAAAAGAACAUGAGCUUGAGUAGGACCAAAGACUUAGUCUUGGAAAGGGCCAAUAUUGUGCGUCACCUAUAGGUAUUCAAUAUUAGCUGUACAGUGAUUGAACUAAUGAAUUAUCUUUGGUUCAGAGUGACAUGUUUGGUUUUCAAUAAAAUUCAGAAAU